AUGACGCGCGUCGCGUUAUCGCUCGCGCUGACGAUAUCCCUGCUCGCGACCGUCGCGGCGGCGCUGACCUACGAUGACGUCGCGGAGGCGUCCCCUUAUCUUCGAACCUACGGCUUUCUGGAAAACGAGGAGAAUCAUCAGCAGUCGUCGCUACUGGACAACGCGAUCGCCCUGAGCGAAGCGCUAUCAUUGUUUCAGGAAUACUACGGCCUGCCGGGAAACGGCGUUCUGACCGUGGAAACGAUUCGCGUCAUGCGCAAGCCGCGAUGCGGCAUCGCGGACAUUCACGCUUACAGCCCGUUGACGAGAAAGUGGCCGAGGACGCAUCUCACCGACAACGGGGGCUCGUGCCCGUCGCCGUUCGCGGGACUGGGAUCGGUCGUCGCUCACGCGUUCUUUCCGACGGGAGAGCCUAAUCAAGUGACCGAAGUGCACGUCGACGAGACGGAGCCGUGGCACAUCACGCUGACUAGGCCCCCGUCGGACAGGCUGUAUCUCCUUCAAACGCUGACGCACGAGAUCGAUCACACUCUGGGUCUGACUCACAGUAUGAGGGAAGAUUCGGUCAUGUACGCGUACGUGCCUUCGGAGGAAAGGCGAUAUCCGCUCAGACUGAGCAUAGAGGACGUCAUAAACCUGCGAAAUCUCUACGGAUCGAGAGAGACGACGAAUCCUACGAUCGUCGACGCUACUCCGACGACCGCGGCGACGACUACGACGACAACGGCCUCGAUGACGACGACGACCGCGAGGACGGUCAAGCCGCCGCUCGCUCCCUCCGAUACCGCGGAUCUAUGCGCCUUGAAGCGCAUAGACGGAGCGCUAAUCAUGAAUCGUCGCCUGUACGUCGCGCGUAAACGCAACGUGUGGCCCGUCGAUAUGGGGGAGAGACGCUACGGAGCACCCUUCUCGUUCGCCGACUACUUCAAGUUCCUCCCCCGCAAUCUCACUCGCGUAUCGGCCAUGUAUCAGAGACCCUCGGGCGAUAUCGCGAUAUUCGCCGGCGACUACGUCUACCUCGCCGAUUCGAAUUUUCAUCUUAAAGCGGGAUGGCCUAGAUCCGUCGAAUACAUCGGAUUUCUCUGCGACGCUAGGAUAAACGCCGCGACAAACACGCACGCCGGGCGCAGCUACGUCAUAUACAACGACGAUAAAAUAGCCGAGAUAAACGACUGCGCGAUGACCGUCGCGAGGCACGGCGCUCUGCGAGAUACGUUUUCCGGGAUACCAUCCGCGAUAACGGUCGCCUUCCGCCACGUCGACGGUAAUCCCUAUUUUCUGAAGAAACGCGAGUAUUACGCGUACAGCGAGUUCAUCGACGCGAUAAUCUCGGCCGAUCCCUUCGAUCUUAGUAUACUGGGAAUAGAAUGCCCAGCCGAUGGCAUUCUGCAUCGAUUGAGCGAACUCGUCUCCAAGCUGUAUCGUCUGGAAUACGCGUCCUUCGAAAGACCGCGCAACGACGACGAUGACGACUAA